GUCAGAGAACACCAAAGAAUUUCUGAUUCUCGCCAUGAGCUGCCGGACAUGCCCGUGCAGUUCAAGUUCCGCGGAGAGAAGGCUUUCCGAAGUUUGCUGAACGUGACAACGCCAUGCACCCUUCAGAGAGUUCGGACCGCCAUCUAUGAGCAGGCCCGAAUCUCUGAUGCGACGACGGAUUUGCACCUUGACAACAAUGCAACAGGGACUACCCUAGAUCCCAAGGCGCUGUUGAUCGAGGAUAGUCUCGUCCAGGUUCUGGUCCGUCGAACUCCUAAAGCCGAGGGGCAGCUGGCAGGCUCACUGUCUUUGGACGCCGUUGGUGAUGAUGAUGACUUGGCAAUGGACCAAGUUGUACAGCAGCAUGACGUGUCAGGGCUCGGAUUGUCUUCCUCGACUGCUCCAACUCAUCGCUUUAACCGCUCUUACAAUGCUGCGGCCAGCAGCGAGAAGCGGCAGUUUGGCUAUGACGGUGGCUCUGAUGAGGAGGUUGCUCAAGAACCUCAAGAGCCUCCACCAGAGACUUACCUUUGCCACAGGUGCGGACUGGUCGGAUCUCAUUGGGUUUGGGAAUGCCCAACGAAUGAUGACCCGGAGCACGUCCGAAGGGUGAGACCAGCCAAGGGCAUCCCCCGGCAAUUCCUCAAGAAGGUCUCGAUAGAGGAAGCACAAGAGAAAAGUGCAGGAGGUGUUACGCUCAUGGUUCCUGGGCGUAGUGGCCACUACAUCUAUGAUCAUGAAGCCUCAGUCGAGGAGAAGAAGCGCAUCCUUGGGGACACUGUUCAGGAGAAGGUGACCACUGCCUUCACCCAGGGUGCGCGACGGGUUGAGGAUUUGCUAAAAUGUCCACUUUGCCAUCAGCUUUUUCGACAGGCAGUACUGGCACCAUGCUGCGGGUCCACCUAUUGCAGUGAUUGUGCCAUCGACCGCCUGGCGCACUCUAUUGAGAGCAGCUGUCCUGGCUGUGGCAAAGAGGUCUUGGUGCAUCAACUUAUUGCCAACGAGGACAUUCGGAAACAAGUCGACCAGGUCACCAGGGCAUCCAAAGCUGCAGCAUUGGCCGCCCAGAAGGAACCUCAACAGCCUCAAAGCCUCUCUUUCACUGCUGCACUGAAGGAUCGAGUGAACCGACCUCGAAAGCAUGCCGAAGAGAGGGUUUCAGACAGUGCUCCACCUUUGGCCUUGACAGAUGGCUCCGUCGCUGCCACUGGCAUCCCUGCACAUUGGCAGCCGCUGGCCUUUGGGCCACUUCUGACGAACAACCUGCAUCAAUUAUGCCAGUGCUUGGGUCAAGCAACUACUUUUGAAGAGGUAUUUUGUGAAGCAGAAACUUGCAUCGUAGUACGCCGCCUCAACUUGGAAUGCCAGCCCGGAGCAAUUUUCACGCUGGCAGCAAACCAUGCGUGAUAGUCCUCAGUCAAUGCGUAGUCAUUGCUACAGAUUUGCCGCAUAUCACUAGUAGCGUCCUUGCUCCUAGUAGCGAUGCCCUUUGCUCCUAGUAGCUUCUUGUUCCUAGUAGUAUGGCCAGGAGCUACUAGUAGUGUCCUUGACUUGAAAUGUUUUGCAUAAGACUGAAGGUGGCGGCGGUUGGGCUGAUGCGAAGGCUCAGUUUGAAGACUGGCAGCGGAGUGUCAAAGCAGCAGCAAGGCGGUCGCCUUGGGGGCCAUAACCCCCCAUAAGUCUCAACGCUGCAAAAUUGCCAUCCCAAAAAGACUAUGUGUCCAAAUUAACAGUUGCGACAACAGAC